ACUGCGAUGUCAGUGGAUUGCCUAGGACAGCGUGCAGUACUGUCGGGCCGCCGUUUCCUCUACAUCGUCAACCUGGAUGCACCAAAUGAGGGUCAUCGAAAGAUUUCCCGACAGAGCAAGUGGGACAUUGGGGCAGUGCAGUGGAAUCCGCACGACAGCUAUGCGUACUACUUUGCAGCUUCGAGCAAUCAGCGAGUUGACCUGUAUAAGUGGAAGGAAGGUAAUGGUGAAGUUUGCACAUCGCUGCAAGGACACACACGUGUGAUCAGUGACUUGGACUGGGCGGUGUUUGAGCCAGACCUGCUGGUCACCAGUUCUGUUGACACAUACAUCUACAUCUGGGACAUCAAAGACACCAGGAAGCCUACAGUCUCGCUCUCUGCGGUCGCUGGAGCUUCCCAGGUGAAAUGGAACAAGAAAAAUGCCAACUGCUUAGCAACAAGCCACGAUGGGGAUGUCCGAAUCUGGGACAAAAGAAAACCCAGCACUGCAGUAGAGUACUUGGCAGCUCAUCUCUCUAAAAUCCACGGCCUGGAUUGGCAUCCUGACAACGAGUAUACGCUGGCCACUUCCAGCCAGGACAACUCUGUCAGGUUUUGGGAUUACCGUCAGCCUCGGAAGUACCUCAAUAUCCUUCCCUGUCAGGUUCCCGUCUGGAAGGCGAGAUACACGCCUUUCAGUAAUGGACUGGUGACAGUGAUGGUCCCCCAACUCCGCCGGGAGAACAGUCUCCUUCUCUGGAAUGUCUUUGACUUGAACACGCCUGUCCACACUUUUGUGGGACAUGAUGAUGUGGUGCUGGAGUUUCAGUGGAGGAAGCAGAAAGAAGGUUCUAAAGACUACCAGCUCGUUACAUGGUCCCGUGAUCAGACUCUGCGGAUGUGGCGGAUUGACUCUCAGCUGCAGAGGCUGUGCGCUAAUGAUAUCCUGGAUGGAGUCGAGGACCUAAUUGAUGGGAUUUCUCAUCUGCCAGAGCCGGACAAGACCCUUCACCCCCAGGACUCGGAGCCCCAGCAUAACUCUGGACAUGGGGAUGAGGAAGCCUUAAAAGAAGAUUUCCUGAAUGAUCCCCUGGUGGGAAAGAAAACGGACCAACUGGGGCUGCCUCAAACCCUGCAGCAGGAGUUUUCACUGAUCAACGUGCAGAUCCGAAAUGUCAAUGUGGAGAUGGAUGCGGUGAGUCGUAGCUGUACGGUGUCGGUGCACUGCGGCAACCACAGAGUCAGGAUGCUGGUGAUGUUCCCUGUCCAGUAUCCCAAUAAUGCUGCACCAUCCUUCCAGUUCAUCAACCCAACCUCAAUCACCGCCUCCAUGAAGGCAAAGCUGCUGAAGAUGCUGAAAGACACUUCUCUGCAGAAAGUGAAGCGGAACCAGAGCUGCCUGGAGCCCUGCCUGCGUCAGCUGGUCUCCUGGCUGGAGUCUGUUGUGAACCAAGAGGACAGCACGUCCAGCAAUCCCUACGCUUUGUCAAACUCCGUAACACCCCCCUUGCCCACGUUCGCCCGGGUCUCCAAUGCCUAUGGCUCCUACCAGGACUCUAACAUCCCAUUUCCACGGACCUCUGGAGCCAGGUUCUGUGGUGCAGGGUACCUGGUGUAUUUCACAAGACCUAUGACCAUGCACCGUGCGGUAUCCCCGACGGAGCCCACACCUAGGUCCCUGUCAGCUUUAUCAGCGUACCAUAGUGGCCUCAUUACUCCGAUGAAGAUCCGCACAGAGACUCCAGGCAAUCUGCGUUUAUACAGCGGGAGUCCGACACGCAGUGAGAAGGAGCAGGUCUCCAUUAGCUCCUUCUACUACAAAGAGAGGAAAUCAAGAAGGUGGAAAAGCAAACGAGAGGGGACAGAUACCAACAACCGACCCAUCAAAGCCGCCGGGAAAGUUAUUAUCCAAGAUAUUUCCUGUUUGCUGCCUGUCCACAAACUGCUGGGAGAGCUCUACAUACUGAAUGUGAAUAAUAUCCAGGAGACUUGCCAGAAGAAUGCUGCCUCAGCCUUGGCUGUGGGACGGAGGGAUCUUGUACAGGUUUGGUCACUGGCCAUGGUAGCCACUGAUCUCUGUCUUGGACCAAAGUCUGACCCAGAUUUGGAGAUACCUUGGGCACAACAUCCAUUUGGACGUCAAUUACUGGAGUCCUUGCUGGCUCAUUACUCACAGCUCCAUGAUGUGCAGACCCUGGCCAUGCUCUGCAGCGUGUUUGAAGCCCAAUCCAGGCUACAAGGGUGCCCAAACUCCUAUGGCCCCUUUCCUCAACGUGCCUCCAACCUGGCCUCCCACAGCCGAUAUCCCAGCUUUACUUCCUCUGGCUCCUGUUCCAGUAUGUCAGAUCCCGGACUUGGCAGUGGAGGCUGGAGCAUAGCAAACAAAGACACAGAGCAGGCCUCCACUCCCUGGUGCGAAUCUUCUCCGGAUGACUUCCGCUACGGAAACCUAAUGUAUCCCGAUCAUCGGGAGCGUGAGAAAGACCAGCAUGAGAAAAACAAAAGGCUCCUGGAUCCUGCCAACACUCAGCAAUUUGAUGACUUUAAGAAGUGCUAUGGGGAAAUCCUUUAUCGCUGGGGCCUGCGAGAGAAGCGAGCUGAGGUUUUGAAGUUUGUCUCUUGUCCUCCUGAUCCCCACAAAGGAAUUGAGUUCGGUGUAUACUGCAGCCACUGCCGCAGCGAGGUGCGUGGCACCCAGUGUGCCAUCUGCAAGGGCUUCACCUUCCAGUGCGCUAUCUGUCACGUGGCAGUGCGAGGCUCCUCUAAUUUCUGCCUGACGUGCGGACACGGAGGCCACACCAGCCAUAUGAUGGAGUGGUUUCGCACCCAGGAGGUGUGCCCCACGGGCUGUGGGUGCCACUGCCUGCUCGAGAGCACGUUCUGAGCAGUGGUGACAGCAGGACG